CAAACGAUAGCAAUCAAGGACGGACGUACAAUGAUUAUAUAAUAUACUAAUUGCACGGCUAUAUAGUACACCUCGCGGUGUUGGUAGUAGCGCGGGAUCAAUAUUUCGCUCGAAGCAACAACACCCGCGACAAUUAAAACACGCACGACCUAAAAAUCACAAAAGUUAAACGUAUGAAUUAAAAGCUCGGGAAAGACGAUGAAUGGCCGGGAUCUCGAGCGCCUGUCGCGGUGGUCGCUGCAAAACCCCGCGCCAGGAGAAACCCGCGACCUUCUGUAUCAGCGACAGCGCGAUCCGCACUAGCGCUCACAACCACCGCGGCUGGGAGACGAGGUUCGGCUGUUGCGCGGCCGUGAGUCUCAGCGUCCUCGAGGUUAAGCGCCUCCUACUGCUGACCCUCGAGAUGCUCAUGGACUCGCGGCCCAUCAGGUUUGCCGGUGCCCUCGUGCCCAUCGUCCUGAGCUUCGCCGACUCCGGGCUCGGCUUCCCCAUCGCCAUCGCCACCCUCUACGCCAUUCGCAGACACCAGGCGCGCCCGUGUUACCCGAAGCAGGGACUCCGGCGCGUCGCCUUGCUGUUGAUGGUCUGCGUGGUACUGAACGUAGUGACAGUCUGGCUGAUCGCUGGUCGAGUCAACGUUAGGACCGAGUCGCUGAGGGACGCCUUUCGGGCCGCUAUGAGGCUCUACACGACCAGGGCCUCCUACAAGUUGGCCCUCGACGAGCUCCAGCUCGACCUCGAGUGCUGCGGCUCGCUGGCCUACACCGACUGGUUCGCCUUCGACUGGCAGGUUAGUUCGGACUACGACGAGCCGGAGGCGUUGGAGUACGGUGAGCGGAGCGUGCCGUUCAGCUGCUGCAGGAGACGGACCAUGCUGCCUUGCGCUCACACGGACAUGCGAAGGGAUAGCACCCGGACGAUCAAUUGCCGCGGGUGCGCCCUCGUCAUCGGUCGUCUGCUCCUCAGGGUCGUCAUUAUUGGCUACUCGAUGACCGGUUUGAUCAUCGCCACCCAAAUCGUCAUUGUCCUUCUGCUGAUCAAAAUAAUACGCAAAGUGAUACCGGGCAUCUGUCCGUCCGAGUGCUCCUGUUGCGAGUCGGAUUUUCUGAUGAACGGCGCCAACACGAGCUGCAGCAGUAGCUCGGACGAUUGCUCGCCGAGUCCGAGGAAAUCGGGGAGUUACCAGAGGUACGGGAAAAAGUUGAAGACGCUGGUGAAGCCGCGAAAGUUUUGCCGGCGGCCUACACGCGUCAAGGGCUGCAAGAGCGCGAUUUUGGGGCAGUCGGUGACGAGCAGCCCCUGGACCUCCGACAGCUCGGGGCCACUGACCUCGAGCCCCAGCUGUGAACCAGCCGCCGAGUCAGCGAGGAUAGCGCCCAGCGCCCACCUCCAACACAAGCUGCCCCAGAAACACAAGGGAGUCCCUUGAAACCGGCAGAGCAUAUGUGAUCACUAAAUAAUGGGUCUUCGUCUUUGAGACGUGCAUCAACAGUAGAAGCCAGACUUAAUUGACGAUUGCAAAAUAGCAAUUGCCGCGGAGUCAGACACACGGUGCGUAUAUGUAUACCUAAAUGCAUGUAAAAAGACUUGCGGGCGGCUCUCUAUUAAGUAACGAACUGG